CAUCAAACAGCGACAUGGCGGCUUGAUUUGGGACAACAAACGUGAAAACGUUGUUGCUGGUGCAAAUGCUUGAAAGUUGCCUUGAGACCACAAAACCAUCUCUCUCUCUUUGCUACAACGUCGUGUUUCUCUCCAGUUCAGCCGCUAAUGAAUCCAUUAAUUAGACGGAGACUUCCUCCGUCUGUGAGGAGUCUUCUGACAGACAUCGGUCCAAAGGAGGAGUGGACUGACACAGAGCCGGACACCGUCACCAGGGACGGGAUCCUGCUCCCCGCCAGAGGAGCUGCUUCUGGACGAGAGGAGUUUCUCAGCCCAGCCAAGACUCGAGAGGAGCAGGCUACAGAUGAAGGGGGAAACACCAAGAGGAGUGCACUCUGCAUGUUGUGUGAAAGUAAACAUUCCUGCUACACCUGUCCACGGUGUAACCUGCAUUACUGUGGCUUGGCUUGCUACCAGAGUCCAGCUCACUCUGCGUGCUCUGAGGAGUUUUACAAAGAGUCUGUCCUGCAGGAGCUGAAGGAUAUGGGGAAAACAGAGGCUGAGGGGAGAAAGAAAAUGCAGGAGAUUCUCACUGGACUCAGACAAAAGGCAGAAAGGACAGACGGGGGAAUGGAGACUGUGUUGAGAGAAGUGGGUGUUGUGCAAGAUGACACAGAAGAGGAAGAAGGAGAUGUAGAGGAGAGAGUGCAGGUUGUGGAGCUCCUGUCCAGAUUAGCAGAGCUUCAACAGUCUGGAGAAGAGAAUGAGAUGGAGAUUGAGGCUAUUUUGAGAAAACUUGAAGAGAUUGGAGGAGGACAGGAAGGAGACGUAGACGUGGAAGCUGAAAGUGCAGAAGGAGAGCCAGACUUGGCUGACCGGCUCUCGGGGCUGGAUCUUGACAAACUCUCAGAAGAAGAGCUGUGGGGACUUCUUGACAGCAAGGAGAAAGAGACGUUUAUGGGUCUGGUGAAGGGUGGAGCUCUUGGCCGGCUGGUUGUCCUGUGGAAGCCGUGGUGGGAGGAACAUGAGGAGGGAGGGAGAGCGUUGGUGGAGGUGCUUGAGGAGGAGGUGAGCAAACUGGAGAAAGAUAAAUCAACAACUACGGCUGAUAAGGAAGUCAAAAUAUCGCAAGAAGCGGCUCAGAAUCGGGGCAAAUCUGCAACAAAAGUGGGAAAGAUUAAAGGUAGAAACAGAAAGGUAACAAGCAAAGAUGAGGGAAGUUCAACAGGUUCCAGUGUGCCUCCAAUUUCUGCAAAAAUUCCCAAACUAAGUUCCUUAAGUGCAAAUCCAUCUCCUUUGGUUUGCUACGGUUUGGUUAACACACUUUUUGGCUACACUUUCACCUUGUGUCUGUUUAACGGAGACACUGAUUCACUGAUUUUUGAGGUCUGUGACAUGAUUCUUGCUUUGUCUGAGGCGCUGGACUCAGGCAGGGUUUUCAACUCUGUCCAAGAGGCCUUAGACUGCGGAGAAACUCAAAUUUUAGGAGGAGGUUACCUCGACAAGGAAGAUUCCUGUGCCCCAGCCAGGGCGGUGGAAGCCGUGGCUCACAUCAUGACCGGCAGAGACAGAAAGGAUGUUACGGGAUACUGUCUGGCAGCCUUGAGUCAGCUCCGCUCAGUGCUCUCCCAGGCCAGAGCCGCCCUGUCCAAAGAGGGAGAGGAAGGGGCAAAGAGGCAGAAGUACUUCCUGGCAAGCAAGAAGUGUGAAUUCUUUCAAGCCUGGGUGUUGGACAAUGUGCAGCGGACUCGUAUGCUGGCUAUCGAGUUGUGGAACGAGCACAGUAAAAGGGAGAGUGAAAGGAACAGCAUGGAGAAAGCAAAGACUGUUGUUGAGGAGAGCUUUAAGAAAGGGAAGAGGAAAGGGAAUAGUAAGAUGAUUGAAGAGUUGAGCUAAUGGUCUUUAUUAAAUAUAUUGAUGUUUGUAAAAGUUCACAAUGAUGAAAAUGUAUGAAAACCAAAAUUAUAUUUGCUCACUGUGAAAUUAAUUGCAUUGUGUUCAGCUAUACAAAUAAAGUUUGUUAUUAUUAUUACUUGUCAUAAAAAUAUGAGCAUUGAUUUUUUUUUUUUCUUAUUUAAUAAUUUCUUGCAUUACAUAUUGUAAUUAAAGGUUUAGACUGUGAUAAGUAAAAGUAAACAAGAUAUAAAUUCAUAAAUAUGCCAAGCCAUCAUUUUGCAGUGGAUUGUUUGCUUAAGUUUCAAUUUCUUUUGAAGUUGGUGGCCUGAUCCUAAACUUUCAAGAUAUAAAUAAGAAUGAAAAGCUGAAUAAAGCUGUAAGCUGAAUAAAAUGAGACAAUGACAAUUUUUCA